AUGCAAGAACAUGCCCAAUAUAAUUACUGUGAUUAUAAAUAUAAUGAAUCAGUAGUAAGGUGUGAAGGACAUUUAAGAGUAUGUGAUUAUGCUGUUUUAGAAACUAAGCAACAAUAUUUUGGAUCUAUAUUUCAAGAACCAGAAAAAAAACCCCA